AUGCAAGUGUCAGAAUGUGUAAAUGAUGAACAUAUUUCACUCGAAGUGCACUCUCAGGUUCACAGUAAGAAGACGAAAAUGGCUACCUACGUGAAGGAACUUCAUUCUGCCAAAAAAGAUGACAAUGCUGUGGCUGAACCUUCUGGAAUCUGUCUCCGUAAGAAUCCUCUUAAACUGAAUUAUCAAACACAAACUGGCAAUGAGCCCUUUAUGUGCAAUAUAUGCAAGAAAAAAUUCUCUUCUAAAUCAGAUUUCGACCGACAUUACAGAAUGCACACUGGCGAAAAGCCUUAUGAAUGCGGUAUAUUCGGAAAAAAAUGCAGUCGGAAAGAAAAUUUCAUCAUCCAUUAUCGAAUACAUACUGGCGAAAGGCCUUAUGUGUGCGACUUCUGUAAUAAAGAUUUUGCUGAAAUGGCCAUCUUAAAAUACAUGCCAGGACGCACACUGGAGAAAGGCCAUAUAAAUGUCCAACUUGUGAAAAGUCUUUCACAAACAGCAGCAAUUGUAAAAGUCAUCACAAAAGAAAGCACGAGUGAUACUAAUUUGCGAAGUACAGAAAUAAUUCUUUUAUAUUAG